AUGUCGUCCAGCUCAAUCAAACCUGGAUCCCGCACGCCCCAUGCCAACAACAACCCAAACUCCCUAAACUACUUCUCUUACCCCGUCACGCAUGUCGUCUCGGGCCUCUAUCGCCGUUUUACAGACAAUUCCUCGUCCUCGGAAUCUUCCUCCGGCAACAUGCACAACCCCAUGAGCAACAACACCUCCAGAACCCCCGGAGUCUUCACCCCCGUCCGGACAGCCUCUCCCUUCCAACCACCACCCCUAACACCCCUCACACUGGCCUCCUCCUUCGAUUCAUUAUCGGAACCAGAACCAAACCCAGACCCAGACUCCCUCCAACAACUCCUCACCCGCACCCUCGCAGAGGAAAUCCGCCUCCUCAUCCCCGCCCGCCUCCAACUCGUCGAUACCUGGCGUUUAGCAUAUAGUCUCGAUCGCGACGGCGCAUCGCUGGGCACCCUCUACGCAAAAUGUAAGGACGCCGCAUCUCGAAGCCCCCGAGCGGGUUUCGUGCUAGUUGUCCGGGACGCAUCGCCCAACGGCGCGGUGUUCGGGGCGUACAUGACAGAUCCUCCGCAUCCGAAUAACCAUUAUUACGGGACUGGGGAGUGUUUUCUGUGGCGGGCGAGUGUGCUUCCGCCGCCGGGGUCGAUGGGUUUGCAGGAUGUUUCUGGUGCUGCGGGGAAUGAGAAUCGUCCGCCGUCGGAGGAUUUGUUGGAGUUGGCUGGUUUGCCGCCGCCGCCUAGUGCGAAUACGACGAACGUCGGACGGUCGACCACAUUGCGUGGGGAGUCGAAGCAGAAGGAUUCUUUUGAUACGAGUAAUAAUCGACUGGCGCCGCCGCGGUCACAGACACAGACACCUACGGGGAGCAUCCGCUCGGGGACGAGCACCCCAGAACGCAUCCGCUUCAAGGCAUUCCCCUACAGCGGCGUGAAUGACUGGAUGAUGUUUUGCGAAACUGGUUUCCUCAGUCUUGGUGGAGGCGACGGCCACUACGGUCUCUGGGUCGACUCCGGCCUCGAAAAAGGUGUCAGUGCACCAUGCCAGACAUUCGGUAACGAGCCUCUUUCCGAUGAAGGCGUCAAGUUUGAUAUCAUCGGCGUGGAGGUGUGGUAUGUUGGUGCUUGA